CACCAGUACACACCAUCGUACGGUACUAUGGUUUCUAACGGGUCACGUGAAUCCCUUGUGUCUCUUUUUGUCUUUGUCUGCUUUACUUGAUCGGGGUCGGUUGAAGAGAGAUGCAGGUAAUAUUAUUCUAAAUUGCGACGGUUCGAUGCAAGAGAAAUCGCGCCGAGGCCUAGUUACCUACAUACGUUCAAGUGGUACUUUCACCUUUUCAGAGAGGUCUAUUACGAGGUAUAGCUGAGGAAACUCUCAAGAAGAUUCCACUGGCCACGGUCACUGCUGAAUCAUUUAUGGAUCAGGCCUGCCUGUCGGGUGUCCCUGUGGGGGGUUUUUCUUUUAGUGAAGUGAUGUAUAUACAAGUUAGAGAUGCUAUAGGUUUUACAUUUAUAAAAUAGAAGAAAGCAACAAUAACCCAAAAAGAUAUAAGGACCAAUAAUUGAGAAACUGGGGUACUAAAUAAUAAUAACAGCCGUUAAUAAUGUUAACAGGAUUCCAGAUGCCGACCUUUUUACCCUAUCUCAGACAGAAAUUAUUAAUCAAGAGGUGCGAUUUUUAGGAAUUAUAAAGAUGAUACCUACAUAAUAUUGGUGCAGAUACUUCUAAGAUAAAUCCCACAGGGAUAGAACAUGUGCCAUAAUAUAUAUGGAGAAGAAAAAGAAGAAUGAAUCAUUUAAACAAAUAUAUACCUAUGUGGAAAAAUGGGGAUCUUCUGCUAAAUUAUUUAUGGGAUACCCUGUAUAUCUACACUAAAAGAUGUAACAUUAUACUUCAGUGAAAAAUGGUGGCCUUGCAGCACUACCUGGAUGAUAUAAUAACCAGUUCCUCAAUGUUAAAAAAACAACUGUAAUUUCACCUUAGAUUCUGGUUGUGUAUAAUGGCAGGCAACGAAUCCGUAAGACCGUGUAGAGCCAUCGUAAAGGUCAACAACCCCAAAAAUUUAUUACAACAAAGGAUUUCGAAUAAAAACCAAACAAUUUAGUCGAACUACGUUUUAUUCAGUGAAGCAUAAGAAAAUCACAUUUCGAAAUUUCACGGUUAAUACGAGAAAACCUCAAGGACAUGUUGAAAACAAUUGAACGAUUAGUAACAUACUCCAAGCACGGAGAGAUGUUUUGAACCGAUAGAACUUGGCAAGCAUAUGGAUGCAAUUUAAUAAUGGCUACCGCAGUUUUAAACGGAAUAGAAAAAAAGAGGAUCCGCAUCCAAUGCGAUAUGUGUCGAAAAUCGACGCUGGCCAGCAGCGUUUUGGAGGUGGUGGUGGAGGAAAUCCACCACCACUUUCCUAAAAGAUUGUGGGGAUGAAUGUACACGGGCACCCCUUCCACAAAUUUCUAUACGUAUCACACGGCGACGAAGCUCCCUACCCUUGACGGCUAACUUGGACACACGCGAGACCCGCGAAAUCUUAAACGUGCUGUUAUCUCAACUACAUAGGAUAGAUCACCGAAAUUAUUCUGCUGAUAAGGAUUUAUAAUGAGAAGAUAUGAAUUUUUCCCCGUUCGGAAGUCACCAUUUUUCGACUCCCAUACCGAACAUUCACCAAUUCGCCGCUAAAUUAACCCAGGAUGUCUCGUCUACAAGUUCAGCUUUUACGCAUACUUUGGAUGAUAUCAGCUUGACAAACAGGUAUACCGCAAACGGUAUUCCCUCAUUUACGCAACACCACCAUGCCACUGCCCAGCAACAACUGCUCGCCGUCUCAAAAAGUAACACGAACUACCUCAACUCCCAAAACUUGUACGCGCAAACUUCCACCUCUAAAAGGCAAACGCUCGACCAGCAAAACUUAGACUUCCUACACCUCCGCACCGCCCUGGAUAAGGAAUUAACCGAAAAUAAAAUCCGACGUAAGGAACAUUCGGAUCCGAUCCAAAAUCCGCCAGUAUCGGCCGGUCCGUGGCAGAAUUUCCCGACGUCUAGCCCCUCCGUCGUCGACUACCUAUCUCAACUUCCGAGUAAUGGAUUUCCUUUGAGCCUACAAGAAUUCUUGAAGUAUUCCGCCGAAUCUUUAAAAAAGGACGUCGUUCAGCCAAAUAAUGAUUUAAGCAAUGUUAACAAUCUAUCAAAUAUUCAUGGGGGCGGUAAUGCCUCGGGUAGUUUAAGUACCAUAAACACCGCUCACAUUCACAAUAACCCACCGCCUGUUAAGAAGAAAAAGAAGAAGAAGCCGGAAAAGGAAAAGAAGCCAAAACCUAAGCCUGGUGAAAUCCGUCUUUCGACCGCCCUAGACGGAUCAACCCUCUACUGUUGUCCCGAGUGUCACAUGGCGCUCCCGGAACGCGAUCUACUCGAGCAACAUUUGAUGGGGCACAACAUGGAGCGACGGUUCGUAUGCGACAUUUGCGGGGCAGCCCUAAAACGCAAAGACCACUUAACAAGACACAAACAGAGCCAUAAUCCGGAGAGGCCGUUCGUAUGCUCGGUUUGUCUUAAAGCAUUCAAGCGGAAGGAGCAGCUCACUUUGCAUUUUGUUAUUCAUUCGGGGGAGAAAAGGCACGUCUGUACCGAGUGUGGAAAAGGUUUUUACAGGAAAGACCACUUACGCAAACACACCAGGUCACACAUCGCAAGACGGGUCAAAGCGGAACUUUCGCAGCAGGGGGUAAACAUUCAUACAAUUUCUUCGUAAAAGGAAAUCCUUUUUUACCAUCUUAUUUUCCAUUAUUAGUAAUGCGUGAAUGUAAAGGGAUUUUAUUGUAAAUCCACAAGAAAAUACUCCAAAUUUUACGAAGAAGGUUAAGUUGGGUUAUUCAAUUCUUAGUUAUUUAAAUUUAAAUGAAGUGUGGAGUAAUAAUCACUGGCGUACAAAAAAAAAUUAUGUUUGACGUAAAGCUGUGAAUAUGUUUUCUAGGGUAUAUUGGGGUCGCUGAUUCCGAAAAUAAUAUUCUUAUCAGGUUUUGUUUUUAAUAUAUUGCGUCUAUUUUCUUCUUUUUUUAAAUUUUUGAGCGUGUGAGAUAGUAUUUUCUAUAUUGGUUUUUACUAUAACUGACGUAAUACUCAAUAAAAUAAGUAACUCUAAUAAGUAAUGACAAAAAUUUUAAUCAAUAAUAUCACUCUUGAUUGCAAUAUACACCGACAAACCAUGACAUUUUUUUUCCUGAAUAAAAAAAAACACAUGGGGUUUGAAGUGAUUUCCAUCAUUCUGUGAAAUUGAAACUGCAAAAACCUAAACAUUUGAAUCAAAAGUUAAUAAAACAUGUAUUUUUUAACGUAUUCAAUCAAAUAUCAAAUUAAUCCGAUAAUAAUUGUUGAAGUUCUGAUAUUGUUUCACUAUGCUUGGAAAUUCCAGGAUACACCCCUUCUUGAAUGCAAGGAUUAAAUAACUAGAUUUCUUUUUUUUUUAACCAGAAUUAUGUUUAAGCCCUAUAAUUGCUGUUUUGGAAGUAUUACAAUUUUUUUAUGUAUUUUCUGGUCAUAAUAUAUGCGAUAUUUAGACUCUUCAAGAAAUGUAUUUAUAACUUUUAUUAACGAUUGAGACAUGUUAAAGUAGCUAUAAUCAUCACUUUAACACAACACACAACCAUGCUGCUACAAAGUAAUUUUUUCGCAAUAUCUUGAAAAGUUGACCUGAUAAGACAAAAUAGACCUGAUUUUCGGAUUCAGCACAUCCAAAUUACUAAAGAAAAUAUACCAAGAGACACUUGUGCCAAAAUGAUUGUUUACUAGUGACAAUUUUCAGUGAGUUUUAUUAUUAUGAAACAUCAUUUUAGGUAUGUAACAAAACUCUUCAUUUUUAAGUAAAUCUUCUGAAAAACCUGAUCUAUUAAACAAAAAAUACUAAAACUUUGAAUAUUUAGUUAUGAGAAGUUGUCUUACACACAAUUUCAAUUAUUUCCCAAAAUAUGAAAUAAAUUUCUGUAAUGAACCAAAAAUUACUUAGCCCAACAUUGGGGUCAAAAAAUGCCAUGCCACUUCAAUAGCCAGUAGUAGGCAAAAUAUGGAGCAAAAAACCUGUAUUGGUGCUAAUUUGGAUUCCAUGUACCAAAUACUUUAAUAAAAUUAUAUAUUGGAAAAGACAAUAUCAGGGUUUUAGAAAUGCCCUUGUUUUAUACCUGGAAACGCUUUAAUUUAAUAAAAACAUUAACUAAAAAGACAACUUACUUCUUUUUAAAAGUAUGUCGAAUAUGAGUAUUGGACAAAUGGUUGGAACUAAAACGAAUCCUCUUAAAAUGUAUUUUAACAAUAUAUUAAAGGCAUCCAAUAUUUAUUUUUACUUCCUGCAAACCGUACAAAUUUAAGAAAAAAAAAACAGAAAUGGGUAAAUCAUAACCAUUUCUAGAUAUUUUUUUAUAUUGAAGCUUAAACCAAUACAAGAAAAACAUUUUGAAGGUAUCAAUAGAUAUUUCGAUUCACUGACAAUAUAAAAAAUUCACUGCAUAUAAAUCGAUGACCCUUGGUGUAAUCACUGCUUAGAUAAAUGUUUUAUUGAAUCCAAGGUUACCAGCUUAAGAAAAAAAAAUAGAUUAAAUUAUCUUUAUUUUGGAAAUCCUUCAUCUACUAAAAAUCUUUUUUUUACUUGGUGUGAUAUCAAUAUUGUGCUUUAUGGCAUAGAUUCAAUUAAAUGUUUUAAUUUCUGUCAAUGCUGCUAUUCCAUGCCUCUGUAAGUUUUUAAGUUCUAUAUCAUUGGCUGCAAAUGUAUAUAUAGCUCCAAUACAUACAUCUCUAAUUUUUUUAUCCCGACUCGCAGUUUUUUCUGAGCCAUUUUAAAGGUUUUUAUAAUUCGUUACACAAUUGCUUUUAAUUACGUUUUUACGUUAUUUGCGUUUUUAAAGUCUUCUCGGAAUGUCACUUUAACGAAUCCUCCCUUGAUAAUAAUUCUUCCCAUUUUUUGGUGAAAAUUAAAUUUGUUCCAACUACAGUAGACUCGCGAUAUAGUGAACUAAUAAAUGCACAUCCAGUUCACUAUAUCGAUUUGUUCACUCUGUCAAUUUUUUUUUAAUGUACUUAUUAAAGCAACGUUUGUCUUUAGAAAACUAACUUUAUUAAUGCGAAACAGAAAAAAUAUUACAUAUGUAAUUAAAAUAAAAUAAAAAAACAGCAAUCUAAUCUAUUUUUUCAAGUAAUUUUUGUUUGCCUUUUUGUUUUUAGUCCUGUUUGCACCAUCGUAUUCCUUAAGUUUUGUAAAACGAGUAUACUAGAAUAUUCCACUUUAUCUUAAUUUUCUUCGGCCCAUUGAAGGAUGUUGUGAAUCGACUUUAUUGCCGAAUUGUUGUCACUCGUUCCUUAUUUACUACCAUUUCUUCUUGUACUCCCUCAUCUUGAUCGUUUCCAUCACUUUCACUUUGGCCAUUAGUUUCUUUUGUGUCAGGUAAGUUAUCUUUAUUCCAAUCGUCUACAUCAAUAGGUUGAAUAUGAACUUCUGGAUUAAAAGUCUGCAAUAAAGUAAUGAUUUCUGAUCUCACUGUGUCAAUGUCUUCAUUUCUUAUUCGGCUCCGUAAAACACUUAAGGGGAUGUUAUCUUCCUCAUCGUCAACUUCGUCGGCUAAUGGUGAAAGUAAAUUAUGGCAGCAUUUUUCUAUAACUUCAGGCCUUAAAUUUCUCCACGCCAAAGCCAAAUUUAGAAUGGCGCCCUUUAAAGAAAUAUGUUUUAGAGCAUCUCCGAUAUCCUGGUUAGUUCCAAUAAUUUGUGAUAACAAAUUUUUUCGAUAAAAUAGUUUUGUCAGACGAAUAGCGUUUUGGUCCAUUGGCUGGAUUAGCGGAGUUACGUUAGGUGGCAUAUAAACAGUGAAAAUGGAACCAUCAUCACUUAUUAGCUGUUCUGCAGGUGGAUGGCUUGCUGCGUUGUCCAACAAAAGCAUGGCUUUAACUGGAAGGUUUUGGCUCUGUAGGAAUUCCGUAACCUAAGACAAGAACAAAUGCUAGAAUAAUGUGCAGUUUAAAUUCUUAAAAGGAAUAAAAAAAGGGCGUAAAUCUGUAAAAAUCGUAGUCCAAAAGGACUGAAACCAUUUUUUCUAAAUCUCGAGAUACAAAGAUGGUAAAAUUUAAAACGUCUUCCUAUGACAAAACUUACCUCAGGAAUAAACAUUCGGUGAAACCAUUCUUUGAAAAUUGCUGCCGUCAUCCAAGCAGUUUUGGAGUUUCUAUAAUGGACGGGACAGUUAACAUUUCGAAACGAACGUGGAUUUUUUGCUUUCCCAAUAAUUAAUGGUUUAACUUUGUGAGUACCUGCCGCGUUUGUGCAUGCUAGAAAAGUCACUCUUUGUUUCUCGGUUUUCCUACCUGGGGCAGUUUUUUCUUCGCGAGCUACAUAUGUCUUUCCGGGCAGAAGUUUCCAAUACAAACCAGUUUCAUCGGCACUGUAAAUCUGUUCUUUUGUUAGCUGAAGCUCAUUUAUUUUUAGGCGUAAAGUUCUUUUAAAAGAUUCAACAAGCUCUUGAAAUCUUCUCCUGAAAUCAUUAGGAAGCGUAUUCCAAAACGUUUUUUAUACUUUUGCAUCCAAUCACUGCUCGCAUUAAAAGAAGAUUUCUUGUAUUGACUGUGAAGUAACUUGGCCUUCUCUUGGAUCAUUAAACCAGUUACCGGAAAAUUUCUCUCCCUUGUUUUUAAGAACCACUUAUAUAAUAAAGCUUUUUUCAUUCUAGGACACUCUGAAUGUCUCAAAGUUUUCGCUUUUCCAGGUCCUGUGAAAGUAUUGUUGACUCGUUUCAAAAUCUUUAUCCUUCUGUGACGAAUCGCGCAUAUAGUGAAUUUAGCAACACCAUAUUGUCUAGACAAAACGGUCACUCCGACACCUUUCUUUAAUUCUUCUAAUAUUUUGGCUUUAUCGCUUAGGGUUAAAUGCUUUCUAAUUUUUGCCAUAAUUAUUCUGGCGGCGUGACGCGACCUACUGCACCCAAAUACUAAAGAAAAGUAAUUGCCCGAAAAGAAACAAACCGUUUAAUAUGUUUUUCUUGUCUUAACUUGUUUGUUUACCUAAUAAAACUAUUGGGUUUACUAUUUCGAGAAUCAAUUUGUUCACUUGACAGAAUACAUUAAGGAAAAAAUGUCUGUUCACUAUUUAGAAUAGUUCACUAGACAGUGUGUUCAGUAUAACGCGAGUCUCUGUAUUAUGUCCAAUACUGUAAGUACAUAUAUGUUAUAAAAACUAAACUAAUUGGCUUUAAAUUUAAACAAUUGGCCUUAUUAAGUAAAUCAAAAUCGUCUGCUGCCAACUUAAUGGCCGAAAAUGGAUUUUCUCCAUUAUAUUGCUUCCCUUUUUUUCUUCGUUAUUCACAUUUAUUUUAAGUGUACGAUGUUAAAAAAUACUUGCAAAGAAUUGAAUAACCUCCUUUGUUCAUAUUUACGAACUUGGGACAUUUACAUUUUCAAAUUAUAAUACUAAGUAUUUAUAAAAUCUAAGAUUUCGGAGUGGUUCGACGUUCAUACUACAAUCAAAACCUCGGUUGGUAUUAAUUGCGACCACAGAUAAUCUUUAACAAUUAUUGAUUAAGCAUAAAAGUUAAGCCAUUAGAUAGGAAAAAUUCUACUGUUUAAUAGCUUCUAAAUUUUUUUUAGAAAGGGGUAACACAAAGUUUAGGUGAAAAAAAAGUGAAAUUUUUCGGGCUGUGAUUUAAAAGACAAAUAGGUACGGUUGUAUAUACAAAACUUUUAGGCUAAACAAAAUUGGCGCUUUGGUGAUAUUAGUAUAUUAGACAGUGGAAUUUAAAUUGAAAAAAAAAGUUUUAAGAGUCGAAGAAUGGCGGCACGAUCAGAGUACAACGUAGUGACAAAAAAAUAUAUAAGAAGACAAAAACUAGAAACUGCGACUACCUCAAUUUUUAUAAUAUAUUGUGUAUUGUGAUAGAAUUUGUUAUUCUCUAUUCCGGUACUCUGUGAAAUGCAUUUUUUUUCAAACCCCUUUUAGUGUUUGGUUUAUGUCAUGUUUUUUUAAAACAAUCCAAAAAACUGCGAUAUUUGUUGUGGUGGUAUAUUUUUUUUAUUGUUAUUUUUUUGCAUGUUCGACGAGCAAAUUAUUGAUUGAAAAACGCAAGUACAAAACAUUCAAUUUAGAUAUAUAAGGCAAAUAUAUACGAAAGAAAAAUCGCAAUACAAAUUAUAAAGUAGUGCAUGAUUUAUAAAAGUUCAAAAGCAAUUUUGGAAGUCUGUUGUACAUUAUGUAGCUGUAGACAGAACUAGUAAUAAAAGCUUAUUAUUACUAAACCGUUUGAGGGCAGAGUCAUUCUACUAGCUCUAAAUCAAGUAUAUUUUUAAAUAGUGUUUAUUGUGGUGUAUGUGUAUUAAGUUUUGUCCCAUAUAUUUGCAAUAACGAUGCCAUUUCAUAAUAUAUUUUUUAUAUUUCUGUAAAAUGACAUUCAGUUUUCAAUGUUUUAUGUACUGCUUUAUGUAAUCAAUUUAAUAUAAAUUGUAAUCUUAAAAAAUU